AUGGCCAUACAAAAAUUGGCAAAAGGAGACAGAAAACUAAAAAUACCCAGUUUAUUGCCAUUAAGAAUCCCAAUAGUAGAAUUAAACACCGGUGAAUCGUUCAUGCUAAAAAUUAAAAAUAUAAAAUUGUAUGGAUUGGACAAAUUAAAACCUAUUAAGUUUCAGACCAAUUUUAAAAAGAAAACUGGAAUGACAUUAAGCCAUGUUGAGAAAGUAGUUAUACUGGGUAAUUAUGAUAUGAAAGGCAAGAUAUCAGUUCUCCCCGUGGAAGGCCAAGGACCUCUUAAUCUCACACUAGGUACGUAUGAUUUAUGA